CUCAAAUCACUCACCGCUCGUGACUCCGCAGGCAUGUAGUCUGACUGUCUGACGCUGAAACGGUUGGAGUUUGUGUGGAAACAAACGGCUGCCGUUCAUUAACAAGGACAGCUUUUAAUUUUCAAGCUUUUUUCUCUUUAAGCUGCUGAAUAAGACGGGUUGUUCUGGUUUUUUUCAGAGAGCAUCUUCACAAAGAGUACGGACCGAGACCUACCCUUUAAUGUAACGUUAUUCAAAGUGAUCCUUUCUAUUAUGUGUAUAUGACGGUUUAUUUAACACGUAUUUUAGACUCGUAUCGGAUGAGCUAGCCAUUCAAAGCGAUAAUAAAAUGUCUGAGAAGAUGUCAGAGAAGAGAUACUCCAGCAUGGAUGAGUCCUCGCUCCGCAAUCUGCUUGAUAAAACUAUCGACAUAGACGAGCGGCGUCUGAUCCGGACAGCGAUUCGGGAGCUGCGGCGCUGUGAGAUUGAAGAAAUGGAGGCAGCGCUUACCAGUAAGCGUUUCAGACGUGCCCACCAACACAGACAUGAGGAUAAAGAAAACCAGUGCUGUCCUGAUUUGACAGCUUCUUUAGACAUGCUAUCAGGGAAGAUUCAAGCUAUUCAUGACAUUGAAGAACUUACUGGACUGUUGCGAAGCACCAGUGAAUAUGAAGAGAGAAAACUCAUUCGUGCAGCCAUUCGCCGGCUGAGAGAUGAGGAGAUACGAGGAGCAUUAGAGAAGGUUCAGACCGCUGGCCAAAGAACAGAGCGACGACAAAAUCCUCAAAGCAGCUUUGACCUACAGAUCGAGCAGGAUAACAUCAAGGCAGAAGCACUCAUCAGCCAAUCAGAGAGAAUUGAGAACCACAGAGAAGACUCGAACCCUGACAUGGUUUUAGUACUAGAUCCUUUGGUCAGAGAGAAAGUCUCUUGCCCUCUGACCCAACGGAUUCAAUGCGAUCAUGGCUCGCCCUCCUCAGAAGUCAUUCCAUCGUACCGGGAGCGUUCGGACUCCGGAGGGUCGAGUGACAGCCACAGCUCUCAUCAGAGAACGAGGCUGAACUCCAGCGCUUCGGACCGCAGUCAUGAAUCCCUGUCUACUGCUGAAGAUCAUCUGAGGGACCAAAGAUCACUGCCAGCUGGGGAGGAAGUGAGAGCGGGCGCAUCUCUGUCUGGUGUGAAUUCAGAGGCUCCGCAGAUGGAUCGAGAGCUGAAGAAACUUGACAAUGGCGUGGAGACGACUCACUUAAGGAGCACAACAAGUUCACAAGAAUUCACACUGAAUACGAGCAGUAAAAGGCCUGAAGACAUCUCCGGACAGAAGGUUACAUCAGGUAGAGACGCUCUCUUGACUUCUCUUCCUAACGGCAAGGAUACAGAUUUUAAAAACAAAGCCUCAUACUCUGAGCCCUUCAUUCGUGCAAACUCUGUUCGUGACAGGAUGCGCAAGUUUGCCGAACCUGUUAUGAAUGUACCUAGAAGCGGCCACAGUUCUUCUCAUUCUACAAACACAGUGUCUGCAGAGAGGUCCCGGGACACCCCGUCCUCCUCCAUCCCAGAGAAAGAGAGGAAUGCCACUGAGAACAUGCUAGCCCAGCCCAAGCUUUUCUCCAACCAAUCACACAACACAGGGGGCGGCUCACACUGUCGCACUGAAAAUGUCAGGCGUGCGUGUAACGGUUCAGAUGAAGUGCAGACUCCUGAGGGAGAAGCAUCUUCAGGGACCCACGAUACCUGGGGUGAAGCUGAGUCCAACAUGAAGACCUUCCUCAGCAUUGAGAUCAAAGAUGGACGAAACCCAACUUCACAUUCUUCAUUGUCGUCGUCCUCUACAGCUGUAAACAUGACCCCUCGAAUCAUCACAUCUGCUGCUCCAAAGAGAACAGAGCUGACUCUUGGUUUAAGAGCGACACCGUUCAAAGUUACCAGCUCAAGUCUCUCAUCUGGAUCCUCUGUUAAGAUGGAGACGGAGCCCAUCUCUCUUGUGGGUGAAUCUGUGAGUGAGAUGGCUCAUGAAGUCCCUGUGCUUCCCAAUGGCUCAUCCAUGACCUCCAUCAAAACUGAGGUACAAAGUGAGAAGCUGACCACAGAGAAGCUGCAGGACAUUGAGGACGAGGAGAUCCUGGACAAAAUGCUUGAUGAUUGCAAAGAUUUUGAAGAAAGGAAAAUGAUCAGGACUGCAAUGAGAGAACUGCGAAAGAAAAAGCGAGAGGCUAAGCUGGGAUGCUCACAGGAGGAAAUGGACCAGAGAGAGAAGGAGAGAGAUCUGCGUCUGCAGGAGCUCAGACAGCAGCGGGAGGAGAGAUCCCAGAAAGGCCGAGUGGGUGCGGACACCAGUGAAGUGGUGAUGAAGAAGGUUGAGCGGUCCAAAGAUGGCUCCACUAUCAGCCAGAUCACCAAUCGCGUUUCCCAUUCAGAUGAUAGCGGCAGGACGUCCCGCAGCACUAUCAUGGAAUCCAGCUAUGUUCAAAAGACAGACAAGGGCUCAAUGCAAACAAAAUCCUACAGUUACUCCAGCACCACGUCCACUAGGAAGGUCGGAAGUGUUUUUGACCGUGAGGACAACACGUCUCGCAGCUCAAGUAGAACAUCAGCUCUUGACCGCAGACAGGCUGAGAGAUCAGAGCUGAUGAGGGCGCAGACGUUACCCAAGACAUCUGCCGCACAGGCGCGAAAAGCCAUGAUAGAGAAGCUUGAGAACACUGGAGGCUCUGGAGGCAACUCUGCAAUUACUCAAGUAAACAAGGUGCAGCGCUCCACAAGCUUCGGUGUCCCCAACGCAAACUCCAUCAAACAGAUGCUGCUGGACUGGUGCAGAUCCAAGACCCGUUCCUAUGAGAAUGUGGACAUCCAGAACUUCUCCUCUAGCUGGAGUGAUGGGAUGGCGUUCUGUGCUCUGGUGCAUAACUUCUUUCCAGAGGCCUUCGACUACUCCAGCCUCAGUCCCAGCAACCGCAGGCAGAACUUCGAGGUGGCCUUCAGCACAGCAGAGGCCUAUGCUGACUGCAUGCCCCUGCUGGAGGUUGAGGACAUGAUGAUAAUGGGUAAGAAACCAGACUCCAAGUGUGUCUUCACGUACGUGCAGUCGCUGGUUAACCAUCUACGCAAACACGAGAUGAUGAUGGCCCGGGCUCAGCGGAGCACUGACUUCUGAUGCUCAACACUGACGCUUUCAAAUGUUUUAUCAAAACCAUUCUUGUCCUGUUACAUUUCAUCGGUUAAAACCGUGUUUACUUUCCAGACAGAUCUAAACAGUUCCUCCCGUAAAAGGUAUUUUUUAUGAAUGAAAAAGUUUUUUACAGUAGUUUGAUCCAAAAAAGGUAAAUGUACCAAAAUGUUUUAUUGAUGGUAAAAAAGUUAGAUUUAAUACACUUCCUAGCCAUGUGUUGAUGCCUACUACUUGAUCUUCAUGUGAUAAAAACGAAGCAUUAUUUUAUGUUGAUUGCCCAUAUCUAUGGUUUUAAAUGCUUUAAACCUUUUCCACGGUACUGUUGCUGUUAAUGGAGCUCAGUCCUGCAUGCUUUUCACAAGUUUACUUGAAGUUUUAGUUCUGUUUUAAAAAAAAAAAAGUUAUAUUUUCAUCUGUAUACGAUAUUGUUUAUUUAAAAACGUUGCAAGAAAAUUACUCUCACUGCUUGUUAUGGCUUCAGCCAUUUAGUGCGAGAUGCAGCUCAUCAACUGUUUUGAAACAUGUUUUUCACUCAGCUAAUUAUUGAUAUGUUUAAUUGAACGUUUGGUUUUACACUGAACACAGACCAUUUGUGUUAGUUUCUCCAGAGGUGUCAGACAUUCGCCUUGUUCCUCGUAGUCAGAAGGAAGUGAUAUAAAACACACAAACAUAGCUGCAUGCAUGUAUAGAUGCACUUAUGGAUGAUCCGUAUUUAUGGAUGAGUAUAUUUUGGAUUUGUUCAUAUUCCUGAACUUUAUUUGGAAGCAAUGACGUUUGUCCCUAAAACAUAAAGCUGUCUGUUUUUGUACAUCUUUAUAACACGGCUUUCAGCCAAUAAAGAAGUGUAAUUUAAACAGUGUAUAUAUGAGUAACCCUAGAUGAGUCAUGAGUCAAUUUGAGAAUAAUAAUAAUAAUGUAUUAGUAGUAAAUUCAUCUGAAAAGGUCAAUAAUGUUUAUAUAUUUGGUUCUAAAAAGAUGGAUUUAGUUUUAAUUGUUUUAAUGACUGCACAUAAUUUAAUGACAAAAACAUGGACUUUUGAAGACGAGAAAGAACUACUGCAGAAACCACGACUUCGCUUGGUACUUGAAGGUGGCACGAGAAGGUCAAAUUAGCAUUAAUUCACAAGCAAAGGUGAACGUAAUUGUUUGUACACACUCAUUCAAAAACUACUGUUCACUCAGUAUUUCCCUACACUAUGGUUUCUUAUAGUAAUCAUUAAAACCAUAAAUGAUACCAAAAA